AUGUCAGAAGGCUCCAAGGAGAGUUUGGGCCACAGGGGCCUGCCAGUAUUGGGCAAGGCCUGCUUAACCACGAUGGACAGAAAGCUUAAUGUGCUGAAUGAGAAGGUGGACAAACUCUUGCACUUUCAAGAAGAUGUGACCGAGAAGCUACAGAGCGUGUCCAGAGGCCUUGGCCACUUGGAGGAAGGCCUGCACCGCCUGGAGGCUUCCCAGGUGCUGGGCUCGGCCAGGGCCGGCCCUGGGCCUCUAGCUGAUGGGCAGGCUGGGUGGCCAGAGGUCCUGGAGCUGGUGAGGGCUGUGCGGCAGGACGCUGCCCAGCACGGCGCCAGGCUCGAAGCCCUCUUCAGGAUGGUCGUGGCCGUGGACAAAGCCAUCGCUUUGGUGGGGGCCUUGUUCCAGAACGCAAAACUGGUGGAUUUCAUCAUGCGAGGCAUCAUCCCUUGGAGGGGAGGAAGCCUGGGUGACCGUGCUGCCGAGAACAAAGAGUAUGUGGAAGAGAAAGAAGCAAAACCAAACCAGGCUGUGAGCACCACGCAUGUGCAGGCUGAGACCCGGGAGCCCUGGGAAGAGCACCAGAAGCCUGCCCUGCCAGAGGGGGCUGCAGAGAGGCUGCCCCCAGUCAGCCCUUCAGGGAUGGGAUCUGAUCGCUUCACCCAGGCAGAGGCUGUGCCAGGGCAGGGGAAUGGAGUUCCUGGUCUGGCCCAGCCCCCUGGCCACCUGCUGCUGCCCACAGGGGCGGAAGCCAAUGGGGCGGCCAGUGAGAAGCCGGAGACUAGCCUGGAAUUGUCUGUGGCACCAGAUGUGGUCAGUGAGGCCCCCACUGACCAGGAGGCUGCACUGGUUGCCGAACAAGGAGUUUCAACCAACAGACCUGCUCCCCAUCCUCAACCCUUAGAGGAAGGCAUGAGGCUGACUUCGGGACCACCUGCCCAGGCCAAAGGUCUGGGCAGAAAAUGGAUGAACCUCUCCAUCCACAUGCAGGAGACGGAUCCCUCCGGAGAGCUGCUUGUGACAGGAGGAGACAGCUUCAGGCCCACACCCCCUGGAGAGGCUCCGGCAGCUGCCCAUCCAGGUGGGCAGGACCCACCUGAGCCCACAUGCUGUCCCCAGGCCCCUGGAACUGAGUCAAGCAAACAGACCCUGCAAGAAGCCAGUCAGUUUCCUCCCCAGCAGAAGUGCAAAAGUGAUGAGGGAGCAAAGGCCGAGGAGAGGCAGGGGCCUCGGGUCAAGCCUGCCACGGGACCACGUGAGGCCUGGAGGGACAGAGCAGAUGACGCGGGGUCCGUGAGCCUGCAGCAGGAGGAAGGCCAAGGUGCAGGACACCCUGAGCCCAGGAAGGGCUGCUCACCAGGGAGCGCGGCAGCUGCAGAGGCAGGAAGGACAGCAGCCCCCCUGGGUGCCGAGGCUGGCCACGUGGUUCUGGACGACAGUCCAGCUCCACCCGCGCCUUUCGAGCACCGGAUGGUGAGUGUCAAGGAGACCGCGACCGCAGCAGGCUACACAGUGAGCCAGCACGAAGUCUUGGGCGGGGGCCGGUUUGGCCAGGUCCACAGAUGCACGGAGAAGUCCACAGGCCUCUCGCUGGCGGCCAAAAUCAUCAAAGUGAAGAGUGCCAAGGACCGGGAGGAUGUGAAGAACGAGAUCAACAUCAUGAACCAGCUCAGCCAUGUGAACCUGAUCCAGCUCUAUGACGCCUUUGAGAACAAGAACAGCUUCACCCUGGUGAUGGAGUAUGUGGAUGGGGGUGAGCUCUUUGACCGGAUCACAAAUGAGAAGUAUCACCUGAGCGAACUGGACGUGGUCUUGUUCACCAAGCAGAUCUGCGAGGGUGUUCAUUACCUCCAUCAGCACUACAUCCUGCACCUGGACCUCAAGCCAGAGAACAUCCUAUGUGUCAAUCAGACAGGACAUCAGAUUAAGAUCAUUGACUUUGGGUUGGCUAAAAGGUACAAGCCUCGGGAGAAGCUAAAGGUGAACUUCGGCACCCCUGAGUUUCUUGCUCCGGAAGUUGUCAACUAUGAGUUUGUCUCAUUCCCUACAGACAUGUGGAGUGUGGGAGUCAUCACUUACAUGCUACUCAGUGGUUUGUCCCCAUUUCUAGGGGAGACAGAUGCAGAGACCAUGAAUUUUAUUGUGAACUGUAGCUGGGAUUUUGAUGCUGACACCUUUGAAGGUCUAUCAGAGGAGGCCAAGGACUUUGUCUCCCGGCUGCUGGUUAAAGAGAAAAGCUGCAGAAUGAGUGCCACACAGUGCCUGAAACAUGAGUGGCUGAAUAAUUUGCCUGCCAAAGCUUCAAAAUCUAAAGUGCGCCUCAAAUCCCAGUUAUUGCUGCAGAAAUACAUGGCUCAGAGGAAAUGGAAGAAACAUUUCUAUGUGGUGACUGCUGCCAACAGAUUAAGGAAGUUUCCGGCAUGUUUCUAACCUUCAGCUACGCUGCUUCCGGGGACCCGACAAGUACU